AUGAAGGAAAAUCUAUAAAUUAGAAAGACACACCAAUUAGUGAUUGUCUCUCUUUUAUUAAUCUAGAUCUCAUUGACCAAAGCACAAAGUUUCUAAGAUUAAAGGGAACUAAAUGCAAUAGUAAUGAGUUCUAACUUUUUGGAAAUAAAACAAGAUAUUGGUUUGUAAAGUCAAUACUCUGAAGUUGAAUUAGUUAGAAGUCAAGAUAGCAUUAGAAUAUUAGAUGAUGAUGGUCCUGAUGGUCCUCCCAUUGCUGUAAUGGUGAUUCCACCACUAUUUUUUGGAACCUUUUUCUUAAUAAUACUGACUAUUUGCUGGGCUAGUGCUUGCUGCAAAUACUAAUUCAUUAAUGGCUUUAGAAGUACAGUCUGUAGAAGAAAUAAAUGCUGCAAGAAGAAAAUGCCAAGAUAUGUUAAAUAGCACUCAGAGUUCUAAAAAGCUCAGCAAAGAGGAGUAGUUGGACCUCCUGAUAUGAACAUUAUGAGGAUGGUCGCAAGCAGCGUGCCAAUAAUGAAUGGCUUAAAUCCAGCCUAAAUAGGAAUCGGUGUUGCUCCAUAAAACAUGGCUAUUAAUGGCUAAAUGAACAUGAUGUAUCCUUAACAAAUGAUGAUGGGUCCUCCAGGUAUGAAUAUUGGAAGUAUGCCAGCUGGUAGUGCGCCUUCCUUAUUAGAUUAUUAAGCUGCAUAGAUGCGCUAAGACUAAGCUGAUCAUAUGCGUCACAAUAUGCAUGCACAGCACCAAAUGCAUGGUUAACCACAUUUUGGAGUAAACCAUCAUGUUUAAUAACCUAUUUCGUAAUUUAAUAGUAUGCAGCCAUAAAUCCAUACCGCCCAUAUAAGUGCAGGAAUGGGACACCAUAUGAACUCUAAUCCAACACAUAUGAUGAAUACUCAACUUUAAGCAUCGAAGAAUACUCACUAACAUAAGAAUAGAGACAAUCAUCCAGAUGGUAAUGAUGAUUAUGACCCUACAGCAGGAUUUGACGACGUCUAAAUUAACAAUAUUCAAUAAAAUGAAGUUUAUGAAUGA